AGGUUGUGUGCGCCCAGUGGACGGAAGUAGCUGUUGGGAGCUUUUAGACGCUUUAAAUUCCUGCGGGGUGGAGGCCCUGGCUUUCUGCUGGAGUCAGGCUUCGCACCCGCAUGGCUGUGGACGUGAAGUCUCGAGCGAAGCGCUAUGAGAAGCUGGACUUCCUCGGGGAGGGACAGUUUGCUACGGUCUAUAAGGCCAGAGAUAAGAACACCAACCAGAUUGUCGCCAUUAAGAAAAUCAAACUUGGACACAGAUCAGAAGCUAAAGAUGGUAUAAAUAGAACAGCCUUAAGAGAGAUAAAACUGUUACAGGAGCUCAGUCAUCCCAAUAUAAUUGGUCUCCUUGAUGCAUUUGGACAUAAAUCUAACAUUAGCCUUGUCUUUGAUUUCAUGGAAACUGACCUGGAGGUUAUAAUAAAGGACAGUAGUCUUGUGUUGACACCAUCCCACAUUAAAGCCUACAUGUUGAUGACUCUUCAGGGUUUAGAAUAUUUACAUCAGCAUUGGAUUCUACACAGGGAUUUGAAACCAAACAACUUGUUGUUGGAUGAGAAUGGAGUUCUGAAACUGGCAGAUUUUGGCCUGGCCAAGUCAUUUGGGAGUCCCAAUAGGGCUUACACGCAUCAGGUUGUGACCAGAUGGUACCGGGCCCCUGAAUUACUGUUUGGAGCUAGGAUGUAUGGUGUGGGUGUGGACAUGUGGGCUGUUGGCUGUAUAUUAGCAGAAUUGCUUCUAAGGGUUCCUUUUUUGCCUGGAGAUUCAGACCUUGAUCAGCUAACAAGAAUAUUUGAAACCUUGGGUACACCAACUGAAGAGCAGUGGCCGGACAUGUGUAGUCUUCCAGAUUAUGUGACUUUUAAGAGUUUCCCUGGGAUCCCACUGCAGCACAUCUUCAUUGCAGCAGGAGACGACUUGCUUGAUCUCAUCCAAGGCUUGUUCCUGUUUAAUCCGUGUGCUAGAAUCACAGCUUCACAGGCAUUGAAGACUAAGUAUUUCAGUAAUCGUCCAGGGCCAACACCUGGAUGCCAGCUUCCAAGACCAAACUGUCCAGCGGAAGCCCUAAAGGAACAGCCAAAUCCAGCCAUGGCAACGAAACGAAAAAGAACAGAGGCCUUAGAACAAGGAAUAUUGCCCAAGAAGCUAAUUUUUUAGUUACAGCCAACAAUGGACAGUGUUUCACUGCUGAAAGAAAUAAUCCAAAAGGCAAAUAAUAAAAAAAAAAAUAGGGAACAUUAAAUGCUGUAGAAGAGAACUUGUAUAUAUUCUACACAUGUAAAAAUAUGUAAAAGUAUGGUUAUUUUUAUUAAAUGUAUUUUAAAAUAAAAUAUUUGUGAUUUAUGAUUAACAUACAGAAAUAAGUCUAGUUCUCUGAAAUGUAAUUCACAGUGCUUUAGGAGAUCUGCAGCUCUGGAUGAUACACCACCUCAAGUUCAUUAGGAGUAGUAUUUAAAACAGAAAAAUACUGUUAACAGUUUUGCUGGUACUAACCACUACCCAGACUAAGUAGACCUGAGAAGAUAAAACUGACACCUCCCUUAAUACUCUUCCACUUGGAACUCACUGUGAUCCUCCUGCCUCAGCUCUUGAGUUGUUUUGGUUAUUCUGGCAUGACCAGCCUUCUUAAUACUUUCCAUUCCAUUCCUUUUUACCGUCCCCAAGGAAACAGCUUUGGGGAAAUUUGUGUUUAUCAUUCCAUGGUUUUAUAUUGUUCCCUUCAGAGAACUCUGUCUCCCCUGUUAGCUUUGAUCCUAGAGGGUGAAGGGGGUAGAUCUCAGAGUUUCAGGCUAGCCUGGUCUGCAUACUGAGUUCCAGGCCAGCAAGGGCUACAUAUAACAUUCUCAAAUAACAAAAACCUACUACAUCUCAUGCUAUUGUUUGUUUUUUACUUAGAACCUUCCUUUCCAUAUUAAUGGAUAUGAAUCUAGUCACCAUAUAAUAAUGUAUUGUAAAUAAUGCUAUUUACCUGUGCUUUGUUUACGGACUGUUAUUUUUCUAUUGCUGAUAAAAUUUAUCCUAAAAAUAA